AUGACACUGUACCUUACCAGCCGUUCUGUGCUUCGCCGGAACUUUGGAGACUCCCGUCUCGGGGAGAAUGCUGGAUUGGUGAAGAUGGUGGCCUUGAGGACGUCUGCUGGACGUAAAGCCGGUGCUAGACAAUUUUCGAAAUCAUGGAAACAAUAUCAAAACCAAAACAACCAGGAGAACCCAGCGCCGAAGGGCUUCGGAUCCCGACUUCGGUUUGCGCUCCGAAACACGAAGGUGGAAUGGUAUCCGAUCCCAAUAGGACUCGGCAUUGGUCUCCUGGGUAUCCUCCAUUUUUACAAGUCGCAAAGAGCCGAACAGGAACGCCGAGAAAGGGAAGCGGAAGAUGAGAUUACAAACCCCCCUCCACGACAUAGGAUCAGGCCAAGUGGGCCAUGGCAGGUUCAGAUCAUGUCGACCCUGCCACUAAAAGCAAUCUCCCGGCUAUGGGGCCGCUUUAAUGAGCUGGAGCUUCCACUUUUCCUUCGCGCUCCUGGAUUUAAACUCUAUUCAUGGGUUUUUGGUGUCAACUUGGAUGAAGUAGAACAACCGGAUCUCCGCACCUACCCGAACCUGGCGGCCUUCUUCUAUCGCAGGUUGAAGCCUGGUGCCCGACCCUUAGACCCCGACACCCAUGCGGUUAUCUCGCCUUCGGAUGGCCGCAUCCUUCAAUUCGGUCUGAUCGAACGUGGUGAGGUAGAACAGGUCAAGGGGGUUACAUACAGCUUGGAUGCACUUUUGGGGGCAGCUACGCCUUCACAUGCUGACCACUCCAAGAAGUUCACGGAUCACUCAACAGAACCUUCGCAGAAAGAUGCAGCUGAUAUGGCAGCCGAUGAGGAAUUUGCCAGAAUGAAUGGCAUUCCCUACACGCUACCAACUCUCUUCGCCGGUGACCAAGGUGGUGCAAGGAAGCGCUCGGCGUCAUUGGACGCUUCAACAGGAUCAGAGGCUGCUGCAGAAGCCGAAGUCAAGGCUGAUCUGGCUCGCGGUGACGGUGCUCCAUGGUAUGCGCCGAAGCCCAAGUCGAAUAAUGCACUUUACUACGUUGUGAUCUACCUCGCACCUGGCGAUUACCACCGUGAACUGUAUUCUGUCUCGCCAUACCUACAGCGUCACCUUCCCGGUCUCUUCACUCUCAACGAGCGGGUUGUCCUUCUGGGACGUUGGCGCUGGGGUUUCUUCAGUUAUACCCCCGUUGGUGCUACCAAUGUGGGCUCUAUCAAGGUGAACUUCGACUCCGAGCUGCGCACAAACAGCCUCACCACAGACACUGCCGCAGAUAUGGCGGCGGCUCUCGCUGCUAAGCGAGGCGAGCAGUAUCCCGGUUUCGUUGAGGCAACCUACCUUCACGCCAGCAGGACUCUCAGAGGCCAUCCGCUCCAGAGGGGAGAGGAGAUGGGAGGAUUUCAACUAGGUAGUACGAUUGUCCUGGUCUUUGAGGCGCCAAUGGGCACCCGUAAGUCGUUCGACGCGGGAUAUCAAGACGGAAAACGCGAGGAGGGUGGAACUGGACCAUCGAGAUGGGCCAACGCAUCAAGGUCGCUACAUCCUUCAUCGGGGCCCAUCGAGCCGGUCGAACCAGCCCAUCCAGCCGCCGCCGCCCAGGCGGCUCUCUUCUCCCUAUUUGGUCGAGGAGUCGCCGGACGUCCACGCCCACAGAUGAUGGAAGACGACGAGGAAGAAGAUGACAGUCAAUUUGAAGACGAAGAUGGCCACGACGAUUUCAACUCCCAAGAGAACGCAGACCACGAAGCCCAACUCUCCGAAGAAGACAUGGAUGGGAUGGUCGAGGACGACCUGGAGGUAAUAGACGAGGACGACGACGAGGUCAUGCACGAUCGAGCAAGAUCACCGUCCCCGCUCCCCAGCAACCUCCGCGAAAUCUCCUCUCUCGCCUCAUGGACUGUCUCAACCCAUAAACCCGGCUGUGGUGUUGCAGCCUUACGACACCCGUCGCCGACACAGUACUGGCAGUCCGACGGCCCGCAGCCGCACACGCUCACCCUGCACUUCUUCAAGCUCGUCGCAGUGGUCAAAAUCCGCGUGUACCUCGACUUUGAUCUGGAUGAGAGUUACACACCCACGAAGAUGACGUUUCUCGCUGGCAUGGGCGGGAAUGAUCUCGUCGAGUUUGCGACAUGGGAAGACGAAACGCCGUGCGGGUGGGUCGACGUACCGUUAGAAGGCGUGGGCGGACGGGACGGAGGAUGGGUGCGGACGAAGCGGCGGAAUCGGGCGCGGAAAGGCGGGAUGGGGAAGUCCUCUGCGUGGCCGGACUACAUGUUUUCGGAUACGGAGAAUCCGGCGGAGUUCAACCUGGCUGCGUAUGAAGACGACGAUGAGGAGACUGCCAUCGAAGACGACGAGGAUGAUCCGUACGCGGGAAGUGUGCUUAAGGCGAUGGUUAUUCAGAUGCGUGUGAUGGAGAAUCAUCAGAAUGGUAAGGAUACCCAUGUGCGCGGGUUCCAGGUCUUCGCGCGGGAUGACGAGCGUCGGCGGAUUGGCAAUGCGCCGUCUGCUUCUGCUGAUGGGAGGAUUCGGAGGCAUAGUAUGCGGAAGUCACUUCGUGGCGCAGCGGACGAUGGGAUGGAUGGGCGUGGUAUUCACGGGGAUGCGGACCCGGAAAAGGUUGCUGGUUUAGAAGAGCCAGAUUGGAUGGGGGAGCCUGUCAUUCGGUAG